ACUGCCUGCCCUCCCUGUGUGCCUCGCCGUGGUCCUGCUGCUCAGCCCCUGCUCAGCUGAGUUUGCUGUGGUCGGACCCCCCGAGCCCAUCCUGGCCAUGGUGGGUGAAGACGCAGACCUGCCCUGUCACCUGUCCCCGGAGAUGAGCGCUGAGAUCAUGGAGCUGAUGUGGGAGCGACCCAGCCGCGGGCAGGUAGUGCACGUGUACGCACACGGGCAGGAGGACACGCCGGCAGAGGAGUUUCGAGGGAGAACUUCGAUUUCACGAGAGGACAUCACUGUGGGGAAGGCCGCUCUUUGGAUUCGCAACAUCAGCAUCUCUGACAACGGAACCUACCUGUGUUAUUUCCAAGAUGGGGACUUCUCUGCAAAAGCCCAGGUGGAGCUGCAGGUGGCAGGUCCGAUCUUCAGGGACACACAGCCUGGGACAGCGUUCCUGCCUGAGGUGGUGCUGGUGCCUCUUAUUGUGGCUCUUCUGGUGGUGGCGGUGGUGUACUUGUUGUUGCGACACUGGAAAAGGAAGAAGGCUCCGACUCAGGAUGAGGACAGAGAGCAUGAGUCACAGGGAGACACCCAGCCCAGGGUGAGUCUGCUGCCCCAGGAUGCAGAGCGGGGCCCACCAGCUGCCGGCGCGGACCCCAGACCACUGCUGGAGCAGCAGGGCGCAGCCGUGCGGUCCCCUGAGGACUCUGAGGCCAUUGUCGAGCUGCAGUCAGUGGUCUCUGAAGGGGGCAGGGCCACCCCGGAGAAGGUGCUGCAGACCCAGGUGCCUCUGGCGGGGGCAGAUCCCCUCCACACCUCAGACCAGGAAUAUGAAGAAAAGUAUGUUUUGAAGGAUGGGUCCCCUGAGGCCACGAGCAGGAUCUACUCCGAAUGCGGGCAGGAGGUUCCCCAAUCUAGCUGGAGGAGGUUCAUGAGGUUCGCGGGACUGGAGGAGAACGACCUUGUCACCUGUGAGCACGGGGACCCGGGGACCCUGGCGGAGCAGCACCACAGGACACUGCCGCGCUGGCAGAGCGAGCUGGGGCGCACCGCGUCCCCCUGCGGGCUCGUGGCGGCCCUCCGUGAGAUGCAGCUGCGGGAGUGUCUGGAGAAUGUUAGCAACGAGCUGGUGCUGAAGGUAUCUUAGGUCGUGAGGACGCAGAGCCCCGAACUGGAGUCAGCUCCUUUGGCAACGACUGGGACUUAGCAGCAUCCUGGGUGCUGACCUUCCCCAGGUCCCUUCCCGUGGGCGCCUUCACAGAUCCCAGGUGGGACGGAGCCCCUUCCGUGUCCAAGGAGCUUCUUCGGGAAGCUUCCGACGGGUAGGACCAUGCAAGGUGGGGUACCCUCUGCCUGCAGCCCAUGUGCCCUACAGGCUGCCCCUGAGGGGACUCCGGGCGUCCUGAGUUGCUCAGGAGGGACCCACUGGCUGUGUUCGGUGGGCCCGAGAGCUGUGGCCUCCUCCAGAAACAGAGGCCAGGAGGGCUGGCUGGUCCUGGGUGUGACCCCAGCAGCUCUUUUGUUGAUCUCUCAGGCACUGCGAUGUCCCCGGCUUCCACUUGGGAGUGCCAUACCAGGGUGACACUUAUAAGUCACUCCAUGACAGACAAGCCAGGGGGCACUCAGCUGUCACUAGGUUAGCUGGGGUGGGGCAUGGAGACAAUUACUGUAACAUGCCAUCUAUGGAGGCCUUUGUACAGUUCUUUACACAUUUAAGCAUAGGUGCUUUUACAGUUUUAUUUAUGUGUUAACAUUUCUCUAACAUAGUGUUUUCAUGUUUGCAAAAUUUUUUACCCCAAUAAAAUUUAUAUUCUAAA